UACACAAUUGACUAUAGUCGCGUCACAAGGAAGGAGUCAAAGUAAAACGACUAGUAGCUACGCCACUGUACAUUUAACACACGGGGAUAUAGUAGAGGAAUACGGUCGAGUUCGGGUACAGAUAGUAGAGCAAGUCAAGAUGGAUGCUCGGGAGCCGACGGAUUUCGGUAUGGAUUUUACCGCGUGAUUUGUGGGUAUGGGUUGUGCGUCUCGGUGAAACGAACAGUGGUGGGUUUUUUGGUGUAUAUCCUAGUAACGCGACGAGGUUGAUUUUACCGGUAUGGGGUUUUAGUGCCGGAGUGUGGACCAGUUAUGAGAAAAACAUCUGCCAGGGAAAUAUCGGCGGCCUUCUACAAUGGUGGAUAACAAUUGCAUUAUCGAGGGAAAUGUCAAAUUUCGCGACGGCAAGAAGUGGAAGUCAAGAUGGUGUGUCAUGAGAAAAUUGUCGCCGGUUGCAGAUUGUCUACACUUGCAGCUGUACGGCGAUAGUAAGGACAGAUACAAGCAGAGCCAGACCAAGGCGUCACUCAGCCUCCAGCACUUCCUGGGGGUCGAGAGUGGGUUCACCCUCGACAAGGAGUCGAAUACCAUUGCUAUAAUAUGUCAGGAUGUAACGGUGGUCCUGGCCUUUGACACGAGAGAGCGGCUGAUCCAGUGGCAGGUCAAGAUAUCGAGUAAUUUGGGUGAAGAUCAACAGUUUCUGAUUUUGAUCUCGACCGCACCGGCCAAGGCGAAGCUGUCUAAUGGUCCAGCCCAUCUUCACGUUCAGGACCGUCGAUUUUGCAUUACCGUUGGGGUACCGCCAAGACUCGUUGGGAUAUGGGACAUAGCUCAUCUACGUCGCUAUGGGGUGGUCGAGGGUAGAUUCUGCUUCGAGGGAGGUUCCCGUUGUGGCCGUGGAGAGGGUCUCCACGUUUUGAUAACGGACCAGGGCGAGGAGAUCGUGAAGACGUUACAGCUGGCAGCGGAGGGUAAACUGUCCACGAGGAAAAGGCCAGUCGGCAGGGAACAGUCAGUUCAGGAGAGUCCGCGCAGGCAGUUUUCACGGUCCGAGACCCGGGCCAGUGACUUCUUCCCGUCGGCAGUGUACACGAUGACGUCCUACGAGGAGCACUGCGAGAGCUGUAAGAACGAAAGUUCCCCGUACUGGUCCUCGUCGGAGAGCAGCAGACAACAGACAGAAAUCGAUGGGGACUACAGCUGCCGUGACACAGUCUCCGUAUCCGAGCUGACCGAUCAGCCUGGCGAAUGGCGCAGCUGUUCUCUGACCCUGCACAGUACUGCUGCACUGGAGAGAUGCGCCAGCUGCAUCAGUAAAUUGGGCACCAUAUCGAAAUCCUCGACCUCCGCCACGACCACCGGUGCCAGCACAAUAAGUAGCCCAGCGCCGCCCUUAAAUAAUCUUGGCUGUCACUUGCAACCGAGGGCCUUUGACAGGCUGUCUUUAUCCUCGUACAGCAGCAGUAGCCACGACAGCGACUAUUCCAGCUCGCAACAGGUCGAGUGUCACUGCGCACAGUCUAAGAAUCAGGGUGGACACAGACUGUCGCCUAGUCCGCUAGUGUCGCCACCUAGACCGCCAAAACCGUCCGUCUCUAUGAAGAAGGGUAAGAAGCCACCGAUGCCAUUGCCAAGCGAGCAGCUAUGCACGUGCCAGCGGAAGCAGUCAGUGACGCGUAACAGUUCAGCUUCCAACACGGGUCCAUAUGAGAAUUACGACGUACCCAAGAGCAUCCUGACUCAUCAUGUAUCUAUAGAGCAGGCUAACCAGCCUGAUCAAUACUACGAUACCCCAAAGAAGAUCAAAGAAUGUCUAGCACUGCCCAAGAGCUACCCCAAUUAUGAUACGCCUCACGUACCUCAGGCCGUGAUACUUCAGCAAUGCGGAUGCCCGGCAAAGCUUGCUCCUCAGUCUCCACGUUCAUCCGGUUGUCCGUGUCAUAACGUGAUGAGCUGGGCUGGUUUUGUUUUGCCUUAUUGCCGUCGUGGAGCUGGUAUCGAACCAACCGGGGUAACCGUUCAUCCUGUCAGACUCUCGGGAGAGGGCAAGAUGCCUGUGGUCAAUGCCAAUGGGGAAAUUGCCAUUUACGCUACUGCCAGUAAGACUAAGAAAAGUGAAAAUGGCGAAAGCACCAAGGAGAAUUGUGAAUGCGCUUCAGCCGGUGGCUCUGGGAACUAUGAGAACGUGGAUCCCGUGAUAGACACCCAGCCCGAAUCGAAGCAAGCCAACUAUGCUAAUCUGGACUUUACGCAGUCUCUGGAACAUUACGAGAACAGUAAGGACCUUCUGGCAAAGACCGGUAUUACUAGAGACGAGAUAGAGAAGCUUGCUGAACAGUUGAAAGACACUACAAUGGAUUCAACGAAUGAAGACGGCCUAAAGGUUUGCAAUAAGUGCGGUCAUGUAAAGGAUGCUGAGAAUGAUUACCUGGUAAUGGACCCAGAGAAACAGACGUCUACGCCAAAGAAACCGUUCCCUGGCUACUUACCAAUGCAACCAGCUCACAAUGCCUGCUCCAAGGAGAUACUGAAUAGGAUCUGUAGCGGGCUGAAGAGCUCCAGCAACCCGACCCUGUCAGGCUCCUCGUUAAACGAAGGAAAUAGAAAACGUUCGGAUUCCGAGUAUCGCGUGCCUGGCUCGGCGAUGCUGUCCAGUCCCUAUUUGAGACGUCUGUUCCUAGACAACGCGAGCGGCGAGUCCAAGAGGAACGUCGGGAUAUUAAUCAGGAAGAGAUCCUACUCCGCGGAGUCUGCUCAUUAUCUCGACGAUGAAAGCCCCACGUUCCCGUCAGCUAUGACCAUUCACAAAUGUUCCAGCGAGGCGGACAAAGCCACCCUAAUUAACAGGGAGCAGCGACGUACCUCGUGCAUGGAUUCCGAGCUUAAAAUAAAUCAGGACAGCGCCGAGACGUCCGUCGCCUCCUCGCAGCCAUCUUCCAUAAAGAUACGACGCUCCUCGUCGGUUCCAUCCAAGACCGGGCACAACAGGGACUCUUCGAGCAGCAAUGACUCCGGCGUAUCCACUGGGUCCCUCAGUCACAGAACAGCCGACCUGGUGGAUCUCGAGUUAUCAAUGGUAUCCAACGGAACAAGCACAAGGAAGCACAACGUCAUCUCCGUUUACCGGAAGAGCCCGCCACCUGUCUGCUAUCACAGCAGCCUACCACGUAAAUCAAAGUCCAGCGAUCCUCUGCGCGAGCUCAGCUUUCAAUUUCAGAAGAUCAAGAUACCUACAAAAUCAUCCUCCGCCGAAGCAGACAUACCCACGUGCUUGCCCAAGGUUGCAAAAGGAUUCAGCAGCCCUGGAGACACUUCCGGUGCGCCUUACAUCGACUCACGCAGUACCAGCAGUGGCACUUCCGACAUGUCCGAUUACAUUGAGACUCUGUCACUCUCCUCGCACUCUUCCUCCGACACACCGGACAGUCUCAGAUUCGGAGGCAGGACGGUCACCACGACUCUGCGUCCUCGUAGUGGCAAAGAGUAUUACAAAAUAGAUCGUAGUAUUCUGGUCGAGCAAGGUCGUACCAGCCUGACGACAACGGCAGGAAAUUACGCAAACAUUACACCUGUCCUUGAGAAGAGCGAAUCACCGUCGCCAGGUUACAUGAGCGGCUCGUCAUACGAGCAACCUCAGCCAAUCCGGGAACACUUUUUAUUUCCUGAGGUGAGUGAGGUCGACAAAAAGUUUCGUUCGACCAGCGAGGGUCUACCUAAAGAUAACGGUACACCCUCGAUCCAGCAAGCUUGAGUAUGAUAAUACGUUAUCUGGAAAGUAAGCGAAGAACCAGAAGUUCCUAGGAAUUCCAAACGCAACGGAUAAAGAGUAUUCAAUGGUAGAACCGAUAACUGGGGCUAUAAUGACUGCUUUCACUAUACUCGGACAUCUGACUUCAAUGAGUAUUAUUAUACAUACAUAUAUCAUGUACCAAACGUCAAAUCGCAGCUAUCCAAAGUACCAAGUGAACUGCUGUCAACUGAUAUUCUAUUGAACCUAUAAUUUUCUUUCUCACAGUUCACCUUUACGGUAUACGAGAAUUAAUUCCUAUGGAAGUCAGUAGCUUUUAAUGAACUUUAUUCUUUAUUCUUUUUAUAUUGAUUCUCCUCGUGUCUUCCUGCCUCGACGAUAGGCUCUGUCGGUACUUGUCGUCGAAACGGAUGAUCCUAGACGUUUGGCGAGAACUAGAGUUCCAGAGUAUAGUGAAAGCAACGUCAAUAAUCAAACACUUCCUACAACGAUUCAAACAAUUUCUAAAAUAUGCUCAAUAAAAGAAAUAUAAUAGUUGUAUAGUAAGAAAUCCUGCCCUAGAGUAAAGGAUAAUGACGUGUGCAUCGUAUACUUUUGACGAGUAUAUCGUUUUUCGAAUACCUUUUAUUUUUUACGAGUAUACUUUACAUAAGUAUAAGGGCUCUGGCACGGAGGCUUAAGCGAUUCAAUGCUACAUCGAAGGGCCUCUACUGCUUGUGCGAUUAAGCGGGUAAACGCUAUUAUCUGAUAUCUGCAUUCUAUUAAAUCGAGAUAAACGAAAAGAAUGAAAAAAUCUAAUUGUUCAGUUUGAAUAGUUAUCACAGGGUUUUGUACUUAAAUAAUUAAUUUCUAAGGACAUAAAGCAACAUCUCGUAUAUCGAUGGGUCCGCGUUUACUUUUCAAAUAUUUUUAUCGCUUUUUCCAUGAUAUUCGAUCGACUUCGAUAACGCGUAUAGCGAUACGUGGAUUUCAAGGAAAUCCAGUUUGAUAAGAAAAACUUUCAGGGGCAAGGAAACAAAAAAUGAAGGUUAAAAAAAAACACGGUACACUCGUGCGAAACACGAGACCGUUUUUAAGGAGUCGAACUCUUUGUCACAAAAAUUUUUCUAUACUUUACUGUAGACAAAGCAAUCGUACGAAGUCUCUUUUGUUGCGUCGUUGACAUUAGUUUACAAAAUGCCCGAAACAUAUUUCACCCGGAUACCCACGUCGAGAGACUGUGCGGAUUUUGAUGCAACGAAUGAAUUUUGAAAAGAAAAAGCACAGUAUCUCUAUUUUAUUGUUAUUAUUAUUUUUGUAACAUAAAAAGGUAUUUACUUAAAGCUCGCGGAGCUUUUUACACGCGAUUGCGACAAACGAUGCAGCGUGGCUGAUCGGGCCGUGUUCGAUUAAUUAACAGAGAUAUACUAUAAUGCCAAAAAUAUUUAUUUUACUUUGAAUGGUGCAGGGUCCUUCGUUCGAAUUAACUUGGGCGUCUUAGGCUAUAGGCACUCUCGCGGCGAGUGUCGUAGAUGAAAAUAAUUGUUCGUAAUAUCGAUCAAGCUAAUAUAUUGUCAUUUCGUUUUUAUGCUUUACAAUUUUAUCUCCUGUCCCUGACGUUCUCUUUGAGCGUGCGUGGGACAGUAAGGGGGCAAAAAAAGAGAAAAAAGAAAAAGAUCGUAAAAUAGUAUUCCUCAAUAAACGUGCACUUGACUAUCUGUUCUUUUAGUAUUACUAGUAGUAAAUUAGUAUAUCUUCUCGUUUAUCAUCGUGUAUCUUCGUUCGUGUUGGUUGAUCUACUUUUUCUUUCUCUUCAGCGUUAACGCGGAGUUUGUGCACGAGAGUGCGAGUGAGACGUGAACGACGGAGAGUGAGAGUGAGAGAGACAGAGCGAGAAAGAGGGAGGAAGCCAGUAAGAGAGACGGAUUGAUUGUGCAUACGUUGGCUAAAACGAGACGAGAAAGUCAUUUUAAUAGUGAUAUCGAGCGCAAUAAUAAUAAGCGGUGACGUAACGCCCUUCUAUAUAGUAUAAUUGUAAUCUUAAACAAUAGCACUGGACGAAGCCGACGAACGAGAGAAAAAUUGAUGAAAUAAUUGAAAGACAAAAAAUGUAUACUACUGUCACGUCUCGCGCACACGUGGCAUUACCUUGCUUACGCGCAUACGUUCGUUACGACGAUCAAUGAUCGAUACGGGCGCUAAUCAAAUCUAUAUCAAAAUACAAGGAUCACCCUAUAUGUCAAAUUUGUGACAAUAACGCACGUUUUGGAGUCAGUGAAAACAUAAAAAAUAUAUAUAUAGAAUUCA